AUUUUGGCUCAAGCCAUUUUGGCUCAAGCCAUUUUUGCUUAAGGUAUUUACAAUGCGGCUCAAGCCGCGGUGCCGUGUCUUCUCGGAUGCUGGGCAUCGGCCGAGGGUCUCGAGAAGGCGUUAUUUCCCUCGAAGCGUCGAUCAAGAGCUGCGGUCGGACAAAACAAUGGAGCGUAGCACUGCGGUUGCUCCGCGAAGGACUUCGAUUAGGUGUGCAACUUGGCCCAGGCCACUACGUUGCGACUGCCAGCGCAUGCAGAAAAGGCGGGCAAUGGCAACACGCGCUUUCAGUGCUCAGUGACAUGUGGAAGGCGAAGCUGGAGCCCAACGUCAUCAGCUACAGCGCUGGGAUCAGCGCGUGCGAGAAGGGCGAGCAGUGGCAGCCGGCGCUUGCGCUGCUGAGCGAGAUGUGGGAGGCCAAGCUGGAGCCCGACGUCAUCAGCUACAACGCUGGGAUCAGCGCGUGCGAGAAGGGCGAGCAGUGGCAGCGGGCGCUUGCGCUGCUGAGCGAGAUGUGGGAGGCGAAGCUGGAGCCCGACGUCAUCAGCUACAGCGCUGGGAUCAGCGCGUGCGAGAAGGGCGAGCAGUGGCAGCGGGCGCUUGCGCUGCUGAGCGAGAUGUGGGAGGCGAAGCUGGAGCCCAGCGUCAUCAGCUACAACGCUGGGAUCAGCGCGUGCGAGAAGGGCGGGCAGUGGCAGCGGGCUUGCGCUGCUGAGCGAGAUGCGGGAGGCGAAGCUGGAGCCCACGUCAUCAGCUACAGCGCUGGGAUCAGCGCGUGCGAGAAGGGCGAGCAGUGGCAGCGGGCGCUUGCGCUGCUGAGCGAGAUGCGGGAGGCGAAGCUGGAGCCCAACGUCAUCAGCUACAGCGCUGGGAUCAGCGCGUGCGAGAAGGGCGAGCAGUGGCAGCGGGCGCUUGCGCUGCUGAGCGAGAUGUGGGAGGCGAAGCUGGAGCCCGACGUCAUCAGCUACAGCGCUGGGAUCAGCGCGUGCGAGAAGGGCGAGCAGUGGCAGCGGGCACUUGCGCUGCUGAGCGUGAUGCGGGAGGCGAAGCUGGAGCCCAACGUCAUCAGCUACAGCGCUGGGAUCAGCGCGUGCGAGAAGGGCGAGCAGUGGCAGCCGGCGCUUGCGCUGCUGACUACAACGCUGGGAUCAGCGCGUGCGAGAAGGGCAAGCAGUGGCAGCCGGCGCUUGCGCUGUUGAGCGAGAUGUGGGAGGCCAAGCUGGAGCCCGACGUCAUCAGCUACAACGCUGCGAUCUGCACGAGUGAGAGAUGCAGCCAGUGGCGGCAUGCAUUUUCGCUGCUCAGAGUGAUGCGGGAACGCCAUGUGGAGACUAACGAUAUCAGUUACAAUUUAUGCAUCACGGCUUAUGAGAGGUCGUCUCGCAACUUGGCAGGCUUGUCCUGCUAUCGUUGUAUCGGCCUUUCCCGUUUUCGAGUGUCUUGCGAGGCACUGUCCGAGUGGGAACCUGCUGGGGAACCAUUGUGAUCACGUGGGCGAACAUCUGUAUUUUGAAUUUGGCAGCAGUGUUCCGUCGCGCAGGAAGCCGCUUCGGAUACCAUUACGUGGAUCCGCCCUGGUUGGCUACAGCACUGAGAUCAGCACUUGUGAUAGAGGCGUCCAGUGAAAGCGGGUCCUGCCGAUGAUCAGCGAUCUGUUGAUUGUGAAGUUGAAGCCCAAUGGCGUCAGCUACAACGCUGGGAUCAGCGCGUGCGAGAAGGGCGAGCAGUGGCAGCCGCGCGUGCGAGAAGGGCGAGCAGUGGCAGCCGGCGCUUGCGCUGCUGAGCGAGAUGUGGGAAGCUGGAGCCCAACGUCAGCCGAGGACCUCCCUGCAGCCCCUCGGCCAACGAAGACGGCUGCAGGGAGGGGUCCAAACGUACCUCCACCUACAUGCACCAGUCAACCAAUACACCAGAAGCUAAAAGUUCUCAUAUCUCCAAGCACAAGUUGGAACGAACGUCUCGCCCUGUUGCGAGAUAGAUCGACCCUCAAGGCUUCUGGGCCAUUGCUGCCAGGAAGGUUUCGCAUUCUGAGGGUCACGCUUGCGCUCUUCUGGCGCUGCAAGUUAGCCGACGAA